CAGCUAAACUUGAAUGGCUCAAUUUCAUUGGUUUUAACGUCUCGCAAUCCGCAAAUAUGUCUCUUUACCUGGCAGCAUCAGCAUUCAGCACAGUUUCUUUCGACUUAACAGACCAUCUUCCUUGAACCAAUUCCAUUCCAUUCAUUUUGCUGCUUCUCUGUUUUCAACUACAUAGAUUGCCGUUUCAACAUAUAUCUCCCCAACACCGGGACACGCAGUGAGAGACGUCAUGGUUUCUUCUAAUGGACUAGCAACUACGCAACCUAUUUUUUCUUUUGGAUUGAUUUCUGAUGUCCAAUAUGCUGACAUUCCUGAUGGUAGCUCGUUCCUUGGUGUUCCACGGUAUUAUAGGCAUAGUAUUCUUGUGUUGCGGAGAGCAAUUAAAGAAUGGAACACUCAUCAGAAGCACAACUUUGUGGUUAAUUUUGGAGAUAUUGUUGAUGGAUUUUGUCCCAAAGAUCAAUCUCUUAGUACUGUAAAGAAAGUUCUGGACGAAUUUGAGAUGUUCAGGGGACCUGUGUAUCAUAUGAUUGGCAAUCACUGCCUAUACAAUCUUCCUCGCCGCAAGUUACUUCCAUUGUUGGAGAUACAAACUCUUGAUGGUCGUGCAUACUAUGAUUUCUCACCAGUGCCUGAAUAUAGAUUUAUAGUUCUGGAUGGCUAUGACAUCAGUGCCAUUGGUUGGCCCCAAGAUCAUCCAAAAACAUUGGAGGCCUUGAAAAUUCUAAGGGAGAAGAACCCAAAUGAAAAUAAGAACAGUCCAACAAAUUUGGAGGGGCUUGAAAGAAGGUUUCUCAUGUUUAAUGGAGCCAUUGGAAAGCAACAGAUGGAAUGGUUAGAUGGUGUUCUCAUGGAGGCAACAAAUUUGGAACAGAAGGUGAUUGUGUGUUGCCAUCUACCUCUAGAUCCUGGUGCGGGAAGUGAGAAGGGACUGUUGUGGAAUUAUGAUGAAGUAAUGAAUUUGAUACACAGAUACAAUUGUGUUAAGGUAUGUCUCGCUGGACAUUAUCAUAAAGGAGGAUACUCCAUUGAUUCUCAUGGGAUACACCAUAGAGUUCUUGAAGCUGCUUUGGAAUGUCCUCCAGGUACGGAUGCAUUUGGAAACAUUGAUGUAUAUGAUGAUCGGAUAUCUCUUGUGGGAACUGACAGAAUGAAAAGUACAGACAUGCAUUUUAAUCCCCCAAGUUAAUUUGUAUGACUGGAUGUGUUGAUGUUUAGAAGAAGAAUUAUAAAUCUUCAUACAACAUCUUCAUAUUAAUCCGCCUACUCUUUUGUUUUUGCUCAAGUAUUGAAUGCAUUUUAUAGACAUUAAAUGCAUUUAUUUUUUUCAAUUUUUUUAAUAAAUAUAUAUAGAGAGAGAGAGAGUUAAUCACUUAUA